UGUUGGGUGGCGGGAAGCCUCCAAGUGCAAGUUAAGGCGCGUGUCGGCGGCGCCUGACCAUGGCCUCAGAGCGCGCGGGUCCCGCUCGCUCGCGGACGCUGUUCCUGCAGGACGACGGCAGCGCCAUGCGCUUCUACGUGCGGCCCGGGCCCGCCAAGCUGCAGCUCGCGCCGCUGAUCCUAGCGGGCGGCGGGCGCCUUUGCCGCGUGCAGGAGCCGGGCGCGGUGCUGCUGGCCCAGCCCGACGAGCGGGGGGCCACGGGCAACUUCGUCUCCACCGAGUACGUGCGGUGCUGUGUGGAGAGGAACGAGCGGCUGCCGCUUGAGCACUACCGGCUGGCGGCGGAGCCGGCCCCGGCCCCGGUCCCGGCCGGAGCCCCGGCCGGCCGCUCUGCCUUCACGGGCUCCGAGGACGAGGCCAUCCUGCUGCACGUGCGGGACCGGGCGCAGGGCAGCGUCACCGGCACCGCGCUCUGGAAGGAGAUGGAGCGGGCCCGGCUGACGCCGCACUCUUGGCAGGCCAUGCGAGACCGCUACCUGCGGCACCUGCGGGGCCAGGAGCACAAGUACCUGCUGGGCGGGCCCGGUUCCGCGCCGCCCCGCAGCCUCGCCAGGAGCGCCCGGCAGCCGGCGGAUAGCGAGUCCUGGAGGAAGGAAGUAGCCGAUGUACCCCAAGGAAUGGUUCAAGACCAAUUAACAAAAGGGGGUAGCCUUUUCCAGUUGGCUAACAAAGAAUUUGAAGGCAGUGAGUCAGAAAAUGAGACCUCUGACCUUCAGGAAGAAAAUCCUGCAAAAAAUGAAGAGCUGAAGUCCCCUGAAAAAGUCUCCAGUCAGAAAAUGGAACUGAAAGAAUUGGUAACUGCAGAGGACUCUGCUAUAAAUGAAACUGAGCCUCAAGAGGAGGAAAAGCCCAUAAGGUCUUGCCCUUCCCCCACUGAGGUGGCAGAUGCAGUGAAGACAGUACAGCACUUCAUGGAGGAAUUCAGCAUGGACCUCUCAACUGUUACACAAGCCUUUCUGAAAAACAGUGGUGAAGUGGAGGCCACUUCCUACUUCUUACAUAACAGUCAGCGCUUGGAUGGAUACCCUAUAUGGACCAGACAGGAUGAUUUAGAUUUGCAAGAAGCAGAUGAAAAUGUCAGAAGCAAAUUAAUAGAAAAAUUUGGAGCUCAGAAUGUGGUAAAGCGGGUUGCAUUCAGGAAGAGUUAGAUAGUAACUUGUGAAGGAUGGUUCAUAGACUGGGACCCUCACAGGAGAGCAGGAGAUGAGACUUGCAUCUCUGACCGUCAUGGAAGAAAGGGUGAGGAUUUGUAGAUGUUCUGAAGCCUCUAAGAUAGCCACCUGCAAUCUCAUUUCAUACAGAAAAAUCUGGCAUCGAAAAUUAAAAGACCUCUGUGCCAAACAGUUUAUCCUUUCCAUCAUUUUCUGUAAACUUUUCCCUUGAGUUUCCGUAUUUAUGCAAGGCCUUGUUUUAUAUUUGGGGGUUUUUUGUACUGAGUACCCCACUGAUAAAUCUAAAACUAAAAUAUUGGGUGAAGAUGAGAGCUCCUUAAUCUCUUCAGAGCCAAAUGGCUGAGCAGUGGAAAUCUGCUUUUUCCUAUACACAGUGGGGGGGGGAGAGUCUGCACAUUGGUUCGUUGAGAUGGGAUGAUACAUGAACAUGCAUUUCAGCAUAUUUUAAUUGUCAUUAAGGUGGGAAGGUGUGCCUCAUUAUACAAACAAACAGCAUCACCCUCUUGCACCUGUAAGGCUUCCCUGGGGUCAGAGGCAGACAAACCUCUCUCUUCUAGGUCAAAGUAAACAGGCUUAUGUGAUGACAAGACUUGCCUUGGGGUUACAGAGCAAGCAUCUUGAUUCUCCUUUAUGCUCCAGACUUCUGUACCCUUCAGCGGUCUUAUAACCCUGUACAUUCUGUAAGACUCUCUAGCAUUGCUGCAUGUAGCAGCUGCUAAGCCACCAGUCCUUCCUAACAGAUGGCAUGAUUGUCUAGUCUCAGGAUGGGUUUUAAGCUCAUUGUUUCCAAGCCUUUGGAGGGAGGAAUAGGUUCCACUGCAGAGUGCAGGUAUUGAAUAUAUUUAGAUCAUAUAAAAUUACACUUUCUAGUAGGGAGUUUAAUCUAGUAUGUGAUACAAAUGCUAGCUAAGGAUUGAAACUUUUUCUGAUCACUAGUACCUGACCAAAGCUUGGAAGGGCUUAAACACAGCUAGUAAGGGUCCCGCUAAAGUCUUUCUAGUCUGUCUCUGCCUGUUGUGCUCUGGUUUUGUUUUAAGUUGAAUUGGUAGUUAGCAAAUGUGGGAAUAUAUUAUUUUUAAAUUCAGUUGUAACUUGGUGGGGAGAGAAUAUCCCUCCAAUUCAACACUGUUACAUGAGCAGACCUUGCUAGAGAAAUGUUAUACAUGCACCCACUAAAAUGCCAGUAGCAUGUUUUUACCUCUGCAAAGUGCUCUAAGACCUAUUGGUUAACAAAAUGGCAAGAGUGCAAUGAUGUGGAUGCUAAAUUAAAACCUUUCAAAGUGGUUUUUCUAGAUUUUUAUGGAAGAGGCAAGUAUUUAGGUGGCGGUCCCAAGCUAGUGAGGCAAAUAAUGUAAUACGAUUAAAAAGGAUUAAACACUUUUUACAUGAGUAGCAGCAGUAGUUACCAGAUAGGUUUAAGUUUCAAGGACUAUUGAGUAUCAAAACUACAUUAAGUUCAAUUACUCAGUGCAGCCAAGAAAUUCCUUCACUUCACCUAUAACAUUUAGUCAAAUGCAUUAUGAGAUUUCAUGUUAUAUGAAGUACCUUUCUUAAGUUAUAUUAGUUAAAUAUAAGUGUGUAUAAAUGUAAAAAUAUUUAGGCAUAAAGCAAAUAGAGGAAACUAUGUAUGCCUUGCCUUCUGCCUGGAUGUCAAGUGGAUGCAUGAUUAAGAGUGGGUUUCUGUUUUCAGGAUAUGGAACAAACCCUGCCAUACAGGAUAUUUAGCCCUUGUGUAGUAUUUUCACCUUUAAAUGUGCGUACAAAGAUUACUCCUAACACUGGGGCUAGAAGGCAUCUAUUACCUUGAAUCAUAGUUCAGCACUUGUACAUAUUCUACUCAAAUGUAGUUUUCCUAUUUGUAGAAACAGUAUAAAAAAGCAUGAUAGGAAGUGAACAUGUUCGGGAGGAUGCAGCCCUCCUUUUUCCAUCUGUUUAAAACUUAAUUACAAUUGCACUAUUUAAACUAGAGGGGCACACAUUUUUGCCUCGGUAGGCUGAGCAAAUUGCACACACUAGGGUCUCCUUGCCUCCUUCCAUCCCCACACACACAAGCUCUCUGAGUGCCUUCCUUCUAGGGACUCCCUGCAAGCCCCACAGGCCAGAAGCUGUCCCCCCCUCCCCAGCCCUAUUGCCCCCUCCCCUCAUAUCAGGGUCCCUGUUCUCCCUUGACAGGGGUUCUGUGUGACUUACUCUCAAAUCUAGAUGAACACUGCAUCUUGAGCACACACACUGCUGUGACAGAACCAGUCAUUGAAUCCUCUAUGCAUUAAAACUGCCGUUUGAACAGAGUCCAGGCAAACACUCUUGGGGUAUAGAUCCUCCAUAUGGAGCCUCCCUCCUGAGAGGUGAGGCCCCACAGUCUGACUGUCCAGUCACUGACACCAGUGCUGACUCUUUAUGGACUCUCCCCAUAUCUAUAUCCUCUCCCAGAAUGCCCCUCAAAAGGUAUGAGCUUUCUGUUUUACAGUUUAAGUCUUCAAGGCACAAUAGCUAUAAUGCAGCAGAAAAACUUGGUACAGGAUUCUAACACCCCAUUGCUCUUAAAGAGCUAUGAUAAUAGCAAGAGAAAUGCACAACUCUAUAAAAUAAAUAAUAAACCCUACAUGCAUUUUCCUAACUCUGUUUCCUCACCACUCUGGAGUACUCUUUGGAGCUGGGGUGCAGAUCUGCAGCUCAUGGCUUGACUUCUGAACUGUGGAGUUUUUUUCCCUCUAGGUUAGCUUGUUUUUCCCCUAAUCUUGGUUGGCCCUGUACCUAACCCCUUUUCCCCAUGAAAGCGUGCCUCUCUCUGUCUCCUGCCUAAAGCUUCCUGUGUGGCUUAUAGAUUCUAAGGCAGAAGGGAUCUUCGUGAUCAUCUAGUCCAGGGGUAGGCAACCUAUGGCAUGCGUGCCAAAGGCGACACACAAGCCAAUUUUCAGUGGCACUCACACUGCCACCGGUCUAAGGGGGCUCUGCAUUUUAAUUUAAUUUUAAAUGAAGCUUCUUAAACAUUUACUUUAUAAUAUAUAACUAAGCUAUUGUUGUAUGUAGACUUAUAGAAAGACCUUCUGAAAACGUUAAAAUGUAUUACUGGCAUGCAAAACCUUAAAUUAGAGUGAGUAAAUGAAGACUCCGCACACCACUUCUGAAAGGUUGCCAACCCCUGAUCUAGUCUGAUCUGUAUAAAAACAGGCCUCAGAACUUCCCCCAAAAUAAUUCCUAAAGCAGGUCUCUUAGAAAGUUGUCCCAUCUUGAUUAUAAAAUUGUCAGUGAUGGGAGACUCCACUGUGACCCUUGGUAAAUUGUUCCCAUGGGUUUACUCUCACAGUUAAAAAUGUAUACCUUAUUUCCAGUCUGAAUUUGUCUUGCUUCAACUUUCAGCCAUUGGAUGGUGUUUGGCCUUCAGCCUAGCAGAAAAAGGUGUAUUAUUAAAUAUUUGUUCCCAUGUAGUUAGUUACACAAUAAUCAACACCUCUUUCUUGGUUAAGCUACUUAGGUUGAGCUCAUGUUUUCCAAUCCUUGAUUCUUCUCUAUACCCUCUUCAAUUUAUCAACAUUCAUCUUGAAUUGUGAGCACCAGAAGUAGAGACAGUAUUCCAGCAGCAGUUACAGCAGUGCCAAAUACCCGCUCUACCCCUAAACAAGAUUCCCGUUUGCGCAUCCUAGGAUCAGAUUAGCUCUUUUGGCCACAACCUCACACUGGGAGCUCAUGUUCAGCUGAUUAUCCACCAUGACCCCCAAAUCUUUCAGAGUCACUGCUUUCCAGCAUAGAGUCCCUCGCUGUGUAAAAAUGGCCUAGGUUCUUUGUUCCUAGAUGUAUAGAGUGGAGUUGCAUCUUAUGCGGGCGUUAGGUUCUAAAGUCAGCAUGUAAGGUGAAAAUCGCGUAUAGUAAAAAUUGAAAAUCCCUUAAAUUGCCCAUAAAAUAUAGUAUACUGUGUAUACAACCCU